AUGGCUCUGAACGGCGGAGAACCUACGCAACAACGCCACAACGACAAAAAAUUGAUUGAAGUUUUCGCCUGUAGGCUUGUCGACGAUCUGUCCCCGGAUAACAUUCUCCCGCACCUGACCUGUCUAACCAGCGGCGAGAAACAACGUAUUCAAAAUGCACAAGACCAACACAACGAUCAAAAAGCGACUGAAAUUUUACUUCAGUGUAUCAUUGAUAGUGAUGAACAGGGGGCGUUUGCUGAAUUUAUGAACGCUUUAAAAAAUACGCAAGGCUGUGAACACUUAGCUGAUCUGAUGAUUGGAGAUAAAGAAGUUAAAUGUAUGCAUCCGCAGCAAAAUCUACUAUCAGCUCUGGCACCAACAUUAGUCAGAGACAUAGAUGCCAGAACUCUGUGUGAGAAAAUCCCGUGUUUAAAUGAAAUGGAUGAACAGCAGAUUAAGAAUGACUACGACCAACAUGGAGCUCAGAGAGCGGCUACUACAUUGCUUUACAGAGUGGUGAAGCGUGGACCAACAUGGUUUGAUGAAUUGCUAGCUGCAUUGAAAGAAGAUUCUAAACAUCUUUAUGAUGUUAUUUUAGGCACUUCCAGUUCUUCCAAUGCAGAUGAUAACAAUGAUGAUGAUGAUGAAAUCAAAGCUGAGAAAGAAUUGAAUGCAGGUAUUGCUGCUGCUGAUAAGAUUGGCAGGUCUAAUCCUAUAGCAGGUGACAAUGCAAGCAGUAGUGGAAAUGUUUCCAAUGAUCUUAACAGAGCAUCAGCUGAUGCAAUUGAAUUAGUGACUGGUGCCAACAAUGCUGAAAAAUGUCAAACUAUCGAUGAGGAUACCAACGUGAUCACAAAUAAUGUCCAAUGUGAGAGUAAUACAAAACUGAUGGUGACACUGAAUGUUGAUGAAACAGACACUGACAAGAUGAACGCCGCAGAGAAUGCUGAAUCCAGUGAUAAAGUGGAUGAACCGGAAGAAGACAUUGUGAUUGAACUAAGACCUUACCAAGCGGAAUUAGUUAAGCCCUCCAUUUUUGGUCAUAACGUCAUCGUAAGCGCACCAACAGGAAGUGGAAAAACCAGGAUAGCGGCGUUUAUCACGUUGAAUCAUUUAAAACAACGUGAAAACGCUAAAGUUCUGCUCUUGGUCAACAAAGUACCAUUGGUGGAACAGCACUACAAGAAAGAGUUCAAACUUCUGACUUCCAAGUACAAAGUUAGUAAGAUUUGUGGUGAGAGUGCAGCUAGGGUUUCCUUAAAACAUUUGGUUGAGAAGAAUGAUGUGGUUAUCCUCACAGCUCAGAUACUGGAGAAUGCUCUUAACAAUGGUGAGGAUAACGAGAAAUUGGAACUCACAGAUUUCAGUUUGCUGAUAUUUGAUGAAUGCCAUCACACACAAAAGGGAGAAGUCUAUAAUAAUAUCAUGCAUGAAUAUUUAAAAUUAAAAAUUGAAGAAAAAGUUUAUCAACUUCCCCAAAUUCUUGGUUUGACUGCUUCCCUUGGUGUUGGUGGUGCUAGGACAGAGUAUAAGGCUGUGACACAUAUUUUGCAGAUCUGUGCUAAUCUGGACUGCAUGGACUUGAGAACAGUGCAGGCCGAAACAAAAGGACUGGAGGAACACAACAAAAAACCGCACAAAGUCGUAGAAGUUGUUGCUGACCGAGAGAAAGAUCCGUUCGGUGAUGAGCUAAAGAAAAUGAUGAAGAAAAUUCACAGUCUUAUUGACGACAAGGAUGUUGAAUCUGACAAAUGUGACUUGGGUACUCAGGUCUAUGAACAGUGGGUGACUGGACUAGGAACUACAGCUGUUAAAAAACAGGAUCGGAAACUACGAACUUGUGCGGAGCAUCUGCGAAAGUAUAAUGACGCUUUGCUGAUUAAUGAUAGUGUACGUAUGGAAGAUGCGCUGAACUACUUGCAGGAGUUUUAUGAUGAUGAAGAAAGACGUGAAAAGGGUUUUGAUAGCACUGAUAAAGAAUUAUUGUCAAUUUUUGAAGAACAUUAUUACAAUUUAGUGAAGAUCUCAAAGAAAAAAAUGUUUGAAAAUCCCAAAUUGAAGAGAUUGCAAUCACAGUUAGAAAAAGAGUAUUCCACUAAGGAAGGAUCUCGUGGUAUAAUCUUUACCAAGACUAGAGAAUCCACCAAGGCACUGGUUUCCUGGAUUAAGAACACGCCUGACUUGAAUUUUCUGAAAGUAGAUAGACUGACUGGAACUGGUCCAAACAGCACUAGUAAGAGCAUGACACAGAAAGAUCAACAAGACAUCAUCCUGAAAUUCCACAAAGGUGAUCUUAACUGUCUUGUUGCCACGACUGUAGCCGAGGAAGGUCUUGAUAUUCCGGAGUGCAAUGUCGUCAUUCGUUAUAACUUAGUCACAAACGAAAUUGCUAUGGUUCAAGCUCGUGGACGAGCACGUGCUAAGGAUAGUACAUAUACUCUGGUCGCUGGUGAGAACUCCGGUGCUGCUGUUCGUGAGCAAACUAAUGAGUAUAAGGAAAGCUUGGAAAAGAAGGCAAUUGCAACCAUACAAAGGAUGUCCAAAGAAGACUUCAGAAAGCAGGUUAAAAAAGUUCAGGUGGCAACUUUGAAUGAACGUAAAAUGAAAGCAAAUGUGGUCGUACAAAGGAGGCAACUUGUCACUGCUGACAGAGCUAGCCUCUUCUGUCGUAAGUGUAGCGUGGUGGCAUGUAAUGCUAAAGAGUUACGUAAAAUUGAGAACAUGCACCAUGUAAAUCCAGAAGAUGAAUUCAAAGAAAAGUAUAAACUUGAGGAGUAUCCGGAGUCUAUUGAGUUUGCCAACAUUGAGAAUGUGGGAAAGUUACUGUGUGGAAGCUGUAACAAAAACUGGGGGACUAUGAUUGUAUACGACGGGGCUCGCUUACCAUGUAUCAGCAUCAAAAACUUUGGAUUGAAAUUUAAUACUGGAGUUAUCUUGGCUCCUAAAAAAUGGAAAGAUGUUCCUUUUGAAAUACCCGCUCUCGAUUUCACCGAGUACCUCGAAAAAAUCCUGAACAUCGGUGCUGUGUCCAUGAAAGAGGUUGAUGACUUAUAA